CAUUAUCAUUCAACUUCAAAUAUUUAUCCCAAGGAGUUUUAAAUUUUUCAAAACCAUCCAAUAUUUCGAAUAAAUACUCGUUUGUCGAUGUCGUCACCUCUUUAUUUGUCUAAAAUUGUUUUCCACGUAUCAUUUUUUAAUUUUGGAAAUAGAAACUAAGCGGAGGGAUCCAACUUGGACAGUCGCAUUGGUGGUAUUGGUUGAAAAACCUGUAUUUUCUUUUCAGGGGUAUGUUGGUGUCCCAGGUUUAUCAAUACGAUAUAUUGAUGAAAAAAUUCGUUUUCAUUUUUCAUACCUCUUUCAUAUCUAAUAUAUCUUGCGAAAUAUUGCAUAUCGUUCGAUUGAAAUAUUUGCUUCAUAAAUUAUCUGGAGUACUUUUAUUCUACGACCUCUAAGAACAGGGGCACGAAUUUCAACAACCAUUUCUGAAGUUUCUUUUUCAACUCGUAGUACAUUGUUGACUAUGAAAAGAAAUAAAUUAUUCCGUACCUUGGUUUUGUUUCCACUUUCGACUCAUUUUCUAGCAAUUAUUGAUGAAUAUCGGUUGUUUGAAAAUCACAUCAAAUUUACUGAUAAUACGUAUGAAACUAUUUAUAGAGUAGACAUCAAAUUUUCAGGAAAUUUCUGAAUUCCUCUUUUUCUUGAUGCAUGAAACAUAAUAUGAAACAUAAUUUUUAACAACAGACAUAAUCCACGACAAAUGUUAUAACUAAUAAUCUACAAAACUAUUAGCGGAUAAUGCUGGUGCAUUUGGUAAAAAAUUUUUGAAGUACGUAGAUUUCAUUAAUUGAUUAUCCUCAAAACACCAGGCUUUUUGCAAGUUUUUAUACUUUUCCUGAAGCUAACUUAUUUCUGAAAAUAUAUAUAAUAGUUUUAUUAUAUAUAAUAGUUUUUUUGGGAUUCACGUGAAAAAUCCUGUACUAACUAAAAUUGAACAUAAUUAAAGGACAUUUAAUAGCAACUUACACAUAGAAAAGCAUACAAUGGAUGACGUAAGCGAUCGUAAAACAAAAUUUCCGAGUAACAAUGACAAACAACAUUUGUCUGUGUAAUAGAAAAGGAUAAAGAGACAUAGUAUUCCUUGAGAGUGGAAAAAGAUUGUUCAAAAUCAAGGUAAACAUAAGUUGUAGGAGAAAGGGAAGCAAUGAGAGUUGUGCAAAACUAAAAGAGAUGCGUUCAGUCAAGACAUGAAUUUGUAACUAUUCGCGAGAUCAAAAUAUCAGUGAAGUCUUGUGAUUUUGGAGGCUUUAGAGUGAGGAUUUAGAGGAAUAUGACUGAACAUGUACAAGAUGCCUCAAACUGUUCCUUCUGCAGGGUUCACACCCCCUUGUGAUUACAGUAACUUUGCUGACAACUUUGAUUUAUCGCUUCUACCAGGAGGCGAUCAACCAGUAUCACCAUCGACGCAGUUCUAUCCCCAAUCAUUCGAAGCAGACAAAUUGUUCCAGCCCAAAAUAAUUACAUCGUUCUGUCCAUCUCCAAAAUCGGAGCAAGAAUCCGAUUUAGAACAAUUGGCUCCAGAUUUUCAAACUCUGCUAGUACCAGACGAUACUAAAAAAUAUACAGGAAGUAUUUAUUUAGACGUACCGAGUCCUUAUUCUCCCAUCUCACAAGGAUUAUUAUCUCCUAACGAAAAGUUCACCAAUUAUAGGGAUACCAAUUAUUAUCCCAGUUCUCCUGAACAAUCGGUGUAUACUCCCUCUCCUAAUUCCAUCUAUUCUACAUCACCUUGUGGAGAAGAUUAUUUACAGAACCAAUUCAUUAAAAAAGAAGCUUCACCCGUAUCGAAUUUUUAUAAAUUUACUGUCAAAGAGGAGACUUUCCUUUUACCUACAAGUCCUGCAUCAUACACUUCUAAUUCCUCGGACAAUCAAAUUUGCUUGCAAAUUGACAACACCGAUGUUCUGAACCUUCUUAGCACAGUCGGUAUUGAGAAAGAAAUAAAAAAAGAAGCUACUGAUAGCGUCAACAGCUAUCAAAGCACACAAACUCUUCGACAAUUAUUGGAAAAAGAUAUCAAAAGUCCAGAAUCUCAAACUGUACCUGAACAACCAAAAGAUCAUCAAUUGUUGAGAGAAGCGUUAAGAGACACUAGCUAUCAAAAAAAAUUCAACAUCAAACCGAUCGACUUCGAAUUUUGGAGAGAGAUUAAAAUGGAGGAACCCGAACAAGAUGAUUUAAUGAGAACUUGUAACGAAGAGAUUGUUAAAGGUAGCAUCGAGCCUGUUCUGGACAUGGCUAUUGAACAAAUGAGGAAAGAUGUGGGUAAUACGUGCGCAGCGCUAGGAAUUUCAGCAGAUCCUUCACAGUGGGAUUCAGCCAGUGUGUUAUCAUGGAUCAGGUGGACAUCUAGGCAUUUUGGUCUAUCAGAACCAGUAUCAGAACAAUGGGAUAUGACGGGUUCUAAACUGGUCACCCUUUCCGAAGACGAUUUCACCCGGAGAUCACCUCAGGAAGGUAUGAUACUUCACGCACAGCUAGAAAUAUGGAAAGCUGCGUAUUCCGAGGAUGAUUUAGGCAUACAGUGGAGACCUGAAACAACGUCAAGCAAUGCUUCUAGUGGAGAUUUAUCUGAAGAUGAAGAAGAAGAAACUUUAUCGCCGCCAGAUGUAUCAAAGCCCACUACUUCGAGAUCAGGUUCUCAUAUCCACUUAUGGCAAUUUUUAAAAGAACUCUUAGCGUCUCCCCAAACAUACGGCUCAUGUAUUAGGUGGAUAGAUCGCUCAAAAGGAAUCUUCAAAAUCGAAGACUCGGUUAAAGUUGCAAGACUCUGGGGUAAAAGGAAAAAUCGUCCAGCAAUGAACUACGACAAACUCAGUAGGUCGAUCAGGCAGUAUUAUAAGAAAGGCAUAAUGAAGAAAACCGAAAGAUCGCAACGGUUAGUCUAUCAGUUCUGCCACCCGUACUCGUUGUAAAGAUCUGUUUGCAGCUACAAUUCUUCUUCUGAAAAUUGCAUCGAAUGUUUAAAAUUAAUUUUCUUUGAAACGAAACGAAAACAUUUGGGUACUAUCAGAAAAUUGGUAAGGGCAUAUCCUCACCGUGUUCUUUUAAAAUGUAUGCAUAAGUUUGGAAGAAGAAUUGUUUGUUAAAUGUAAAUAGCUUCACUAGAAUACCAAAGUAACUUGGGUGGUGAACUGGGUAGAGGUGAUGGGUAAUAACUAAUAAAAUGUAAUACAUUUUGUUAUCAAAGUGUUAAAAAUAAGCUAUAGGGUAUUACUAUAGACUUAUGAUACGCUAGUUAAGCGUAUUAUUUUAAAGGAAGGUAAUUUCCGAUAAAAAAAUCUUAAUUGUUAAGUAAAGUAUUUGCCGAAUGUGAGUAUUGUUUUGAAGAAACUUAGUUAAAGAAUCUUCUUAGUGAGAUGAUAACUGGUGCUCAAGUUAAUUGUUAACUUUAGAAGCUCGUUAUUGUAAGAGAUUUGCUGAAGCUAAUGUUUCUUCAAAUAUCUCUUUAAUUUCGGUGAUUUCGGUCCCAUAUAUCUAUGAUAUAUUACGUAAGUAAGUUCUAUGAACAAAUUUGUAUUUGAUAACUAUUAAGAAAGUCGCAAUAUGAAGUAUAGUGAAGGUAUUUUGUAAAAAUAUUAAUAAUUAUUUCUAUACGUGUAUGAAGUUACUCCAAAGUAUUUGCCCACCCAGAACUAAGCAUUUUAUAAAAGAUUUCGCUAGAAGACCAGAGUAAUAUCAAUUUUAACUAUUUAUUAACAUUUAUUCAUUCAUUGUAACAAUUGUUAUUUAUUUCUAAUGUUUUUACCAACUAUUAAUUUCACUACUUCGAUAUUGAUUAUCUUCUAAUCUUAAUAUUAUAGUUAUUCCUCUGAAAAAUAUUUUUGUUUUUGCCCUGCAUAAAAGAGAGAGAGAGAGCUAUUUAUGAAUAUUAACAUAUCUAGUGCUAGUUUUCUCACCAAAACUCUUGUGCAGUUCAUUUAGCGUUCGAAUAAAAUAAUUUUGAAUAUUGAUUCUUCCCCAAGUACACAAUUUCUCGUUUUGGUAUUCCCUAUAUAUAUUUUUCUUCAAUCACAACAAGCGUAUCUUCUUCUAAGGUCGCGUUUACUACUAAAGUAUUUCUGGAGGUCGAUAAUUAUAUUAUUUGGAAAUGAUAUAAGAUUCAGAAGGUAGUAAGUUUUUGAGUGAUUAUGUUCAAAAUUUAAAUUAAUCAAAACAAAAAUGUCCCUGAAGAGUACAGAUAAUAAACUGUUUUAAUUUUAUUGCCAGGUGGCUGUACAUAGCUUGAAAACAUGUUUUACGUUGAUACAAAUAAGAAAUCUUAAAAAGGCUUAAGGUUUACAAUACGAACACUAAUAAAGGUCACCAAGUACUUUCGAGAAAUGGUACAUACAUAUUUUAUUUUCUAAUGAGUCUGUAAUUAGAAUA